AACCCACUUUCGUAAGUCCCGCGUUUUUAUUUUUAUUUGGUGGGUAAGUGAAAUAGUUAAUAGUCAGUCAAUUCUUUCAAAGAGCCAAGAAAUUCAAGCAAAGCAGGAGCCUUUUCGCAUCGGCCUCUCUAUUCCGGUGUGGGAAGGACAAAGGCAAUUUUGGGUUUUGGUCUUGGAAUCAAAGUAUAGUGCUUUGAAGUAGCUGGGAUGAGCAGGGAGGGGUCUCCGGAUUGGCUGCGCACUUUUCAGGUUUGUGUUUUGGUUAAACGUUUGUUGAGUUAUUUUGGAUGCCGAGUGUGUAAGGAUUCUGAGUCUUCAUUGAAUGGACUUAAUUCGGGGGAGGAUAACAGUGAUGGCCCAGAACUAUCUCCUCAUAAAUCAUCUGGAUUCGAUGAAGAUGAUGAUGAUGAAGUUAUCGGUAAAUUUCUUGGGAAAAGUGUUGCAGGGUCUCCAUCUGAUAAGAGAUUGAAAGGCAAGUCUCCGAAACGAGGGGAAAAAUUAGAAGAAGAUAUACCCCAGAAAAAGAAGAAGUCAGACGGAUCCAAGAAGAGAGAAGGUAAAACAAGGACCGUUGUUGAGAAGCCUUCAAAGACUCAUGAACCGAAUGAUUCAGUUUUGGCGUUGUCAUCAGAUUCUGAUCCUGAAAACAGUCCUCCCAGAGAGGAUGGUAUCCAUGAUGGAGAAUCUUCUGACCUUAAAACGUCUCAACUGCAAUCAAUAGGUAACAGUGAGGAUGCAGAUCUUAUGGGCAGUAGUGGAGAGUCUCCAUCUAAACAGGCUACAAAAGGAAAAUCUUUGAAGAAAAGUCCAAAAGGAAAAGGCCAGUCACCCAAGAAAGAGAAGAAAAAGAUAGAUAGCAAAGAAAAAGAAGGAAUUUGUGGCGAUGUGGAAGUGGCAGAGAAAGAAGCUUCUGACAAGCAGAUUGAACCACGUGUAUCCACCUCAACAUUGCCGUUGGUGCUCUCUGAGAAAGUCCAUCGUACAAAGGCACUUGUUGAGUGUGAAAAGGACUCCAUAGAUUUGAGUGGUGAUAUGGGUGCUGUAGGACGGGUAGUAGUUUCAGAUUCUAGAUCUGGGCAUAGCGAGAUGUGCUUAGAUUUAAAAGGAACCAUUUACAAAACAACGAUAGUUCCUUCCAGGACAUUUUGUGUUGUUAGCUUUGGACCGUCCGAGGCAAAGAUAGAAGCUAUCAUGAAUGACUUCAUUCAGCUGAAACCAGAAACAUAUGAAGCUGAAACAAUGGUUGAAGGAACACUAGAGGGUUUCUUAUUUGAUUCCGAAGAUGAGGCUGACAAAGUUCCUAAAGCAACUCCUCAUCAAACUGAUAAGAAUGAGGAUACUGAAGAACAAACCAAUGGGACAACCAAAGGGAAAGCUGACAAAGCAUCGAGGGUUGUAAAGAAGAGAGAUAAGCCUGCAGGAGGGAAGCCACAGCCACCAAAGAAAGCAAGAAAGAAAACUCAAGUUUCCAAGAAGCCCAAGAACAAAAAAUGAUACAGUUUUGUUUAUAAUAUCUUGUACGGGAUCAUAGGAGUUAGUUGUUGGAGUAUUUAGUGAAAGUUUAACAUAUAGAGGCCAUUGUUCCUGAUUAGAUGCAAGUUUGUAUUGUAGGUUGGCUAAUACAACCUAGUGAUUUACAUUCUUCUGCAUUGCUUGGAUUCACUUUACAUUUUAGUAGUCUAGUAAUUGACUACAUUACAAGGAACCUUACUGUGCCUGCCUUCAUCGAAUAUUUGUAUCACACUAAAAUUCUCUUCUAAAUAAAAAUUUCAGUUUUUUGUCUA